AUGAGUGAUGAACUCCAAAUAUUCCACUAUACAUUUAAUACAUUUAAUGAAGAUAAUGAAAAUAGACAACCAAAAAGGAGGUUGCCAAACAUGUUCAUUUCCUAUCGCAAAGAAAUGAUGAAGCAUAAACCUUCUAAGAUGCCAAUGGGCGAGUACAGCAGAUUGGUAUCCAAAUGGUGGAAGCAACUAUCGGAAUCAGAUAAAUCAAAAUGGCAAAGGCGCUAUCACAUAAGCAGAGAUCAAAACCUCCUCCUUCCGGCUACAAAAGAUGAGCCCGUAUCAAAACAUUUGAAAAAAGAUUGCUUUUUGAUUGAAAUUCCUUCAAAGCAUGCGUUAAAUAGCAUAGAGGAUUUUUAA